CUGGACAACUUUGUGGGUGCUAACCCCGACUACAACGAGGAGGAGGAGGAGCAGAAGUAUUUCCGCCGCAAGCGCCUCGGCGUGGUCAAGAACGUGCUGGCCGCCAGCCUGGCCGGCAUGCUCACUUAUGGCGUCUACCUGGGCCUGCUGCAGAUGCAGCUGAUCCUGCAUUACGAUGAGACCUACCGGGAGGUGAAGUACAGCAACAUACAGCUAGAGGACAUUGACCACAAGGUCCUGAUGGGCAUCAACGUCACCCCCGUUGCGGCACUGCUCUACACACCUGUCCUCAUCAGGUUUUUUGGCACCAAGUGGGCCAUGUUUCUGGCAGUGGGGAUCUACGCCCUCUUCGUCUCCAGCAACUACUGGGAGCGCUACUACACACUGGUGCCCUCCGCCGUGGCCAUCGGGGUGGCCAUUGUGCCCCUCUGGGCUUCCAUGGGCAACUACAUCACACGGAUGGCCCAGAAGUACUACGAGUACGUCAACUACAAGGAGGAGCACGUGCAGGAGCAGCAACGGGCGCCACGGGGUGCCUGCAAUGCCUACAUCAUCGUCUUCCAGACCAUCUUCUAUGCCUGCUUUCACCUGAGCUUCGUCUGCGCUCAGAUGCCCAUGCUCUUCUUCCUCAACAACUACCUCUACCAGCUCAACCACACGCUCUUCGGGGUCAAGCACUGCGGGACCUUGAGCCACGGCACGCUGCCUGGCUUCAACAAGACGGUGCUACAGAGCCUGCCCCGCAGCGUCAACCUAAUCAUUGUGGAGAGUGCCCUGAUGGCAGCCGCCUUCCUCGCCAUGCUGGUGGUCCUGGUGCUCUGUGGCUCAGCAUAUCGGCCCACGGAGGAGAUCGACCUGCGCAGCAUUGGCUGGGGGAACAUCUUCCAGCUGCCCUUCAAGCACAUGCGGGACUACCGCCUGCGCCACCUCUUCCCCUCAUUCAUCUACAGCGGCUUCGAGGUGCUCUUCGUCUGCACUGGCUUCUCCCUGAAUUACGGUGUGUGUGCCCUGGGGCUGGAGAAGUUGGCGUACCUCCUCAUGGCCUACGGCUUCUCUGCCUCGGUCUGCUCCAGCCUGGCCCUCUGCACGCUGCGCCUGCGGCGGCAGAUCCCACUGCUGGCCGGAGCCCUCAUCCAUGCCGCCCUCCUGGUGACUCUCUUCUGCUGGGCACCAGAGCCCCGGCACUUGUUCCAGGCGCCUCUGCUCUACGCCAUAGCCGUGCUCUGGGGCAUGGGGAGUGCUCUCAACAAGACCAGCAUUAGCA